CGAACGGAACAAACAUGCCAAAAUUGCUUUCCUGCGAUGUAACUUUGAAGGAUGACAGACGAACCGAUUUGAAGAACCUCUUCUACAUGAAUGCGCCGUGUGCUACAACCAAUGCGCCAAUAUGGAGUAAUCAGGAAAACUUCAAUUAUUUCAAUUUCAAACUUCAAGCCAUAUUUGAACCGACGGAAACGACCUUCCCCUUGGAAAAUUAUGUUUCCAAAUCAGGUUUUGGAAUCGUUGAUAGCAACGCCCAUAUCAUUCAUAGUAAAGAAAACAAGGACCAAAGUGGCAUCUCAUUCCUCGCUUACGAUCACACAUUCACAUGCAGUCAAGUCUCAAACAUAAACCCAUUGUUUGAUUUGAACUUCACCCUUACACAAAGAGACUACAUAUUCAGUAUUGAACAUGGAGACAACUUUACAGUGACUUUUAACGUGAAAAGUGGUGGGUUCCGGUACUUGCACAACAUCAACACAAAUAGAUUUUACAGAACCGAUGUAUAUAAUGGCCAUACAGUGUCGGAAACGGUGGAGUUUAAAUUUGACUUUGUAGCUCCAAAGCAUUGUUCCGAACAAGACUCUGGAAGAACGUGUAUACCCGGAGAAGAACCAAUCACAGUCGAUGAAGAUUUUACUAAGAAUCCCAUUACUCCUAAAUGGUCUGGAUGGUUCGACGAUCUUUCUGGACUUUUUGAAUACAGACUUGAGGCAUAUCUCCUUGAGCCAAACAUUCAUGAUGAGCUCAUUGAACUAAAUCCACUGUCUCCAGUUUUCACCUACACUGAAAAUAAUACCAACAACGUCGAAUUUCCGACAUUUACUCCUCCGAGGUCGGGGAUGUUUUCCGUGUUACUGACAGCCACCGAUACGUCUAACAAUUCAAAGACUUCAAGGCGCCUGGUCUUGUUUGACGACUCGUCUGAAAUAACAAUUACGAAACCUGGUCUUCUUACGAAAUUGCCAGACGCUGAAGAUGUUGAACAGAUAGUUGUUGGAGACGGAGGCUUAUAUAUUGUCAGUGCUGUUAAGGAAACUGGUUUUAUGUGGCAAACAUCUGAAACGGAUUCAAAAUCACGGAUUGAAAUCAACUGGGAAAAUCACUUUAUAAAUAAAUUACACAACGAUGGAAAAUUGCUAAAUAAAGUACUACCUUUCCCGACACAAUUCCAAGACUUUGAAGAUGAUGGAGUUCUGAGAAGCACAAAAUACGUUGCUAUCGAUGACAACGAGGGCGAUAGAACAUUAAAGGCGAUACCUAAUAAACAUGGACUGGUCAAAUUUGAACUAAAUCGUGUCUUUACAAACGACAGACAGAUUCCAGUAUCGAAAUGGGAGCAAAUACCAUUGGAGGAGAGUUAUGUUUUCUGGGAGCAACUCGACGAUGGGAAUCACGUUAGGGUUUGGCUGCGUGCGACUGACGUCAUGAACAAUACGGCUGUUGAUUACACUGAAGUUCAUUUUGACAACACACCACCGAGAAUCUCAGAUGAGCUUUUAGAGGAAAACGUUCAAAUGGGGACAUAUACGUUUACAUCGAGAGUAACAUUUCAAGCAUCUGACGACGCAAGUGGUGUUCAUAAGUUGCAAAUGACUCUUUAUGUCGGAAACAGUUCUACACCGAAGAAAAUACACUCUGUCUCAGCGAAUAGAAACGACACUGCAGGAAUCUGUGACAAAGACCCAUCGUGCAACUGUGUUCUGGAGGUGUGUUACCGCAUUCAACAAACGAUUGACCUUGACAACUGCUGGUUUCUCGUCCCAAAGGAAGACCUCAACAAAUCGGGCACAUUACAAGUUACCACGUACAACCAGGCUUUGCUUUCAAGAACAUUCAACUUGACGAUUACAAACUUGAAUAGAUUAUAUGGACUUGAAUAUUUCGAACCGACGAACAUACGGAUUGAAGAGAGAUUGUCGAGUGGUGUCCGUCUCACUUGGGAUAUUCCUGAAACACCUUCUUGCUACUGGAGGGUGGACAUAACGUUAGUGGUCUUCCUUGGCAACGGACAAACAAGAGAGAUACAAGUUAACAGCGAGCAGACUUCAGUUGACAUUGUCGGCUUGGAUCCAGACAAAGAGUAUAGCGUGUCUCUGAAUGUUGGACUCGAGGGGACCGAACUGGCUUCUCUACCAUACAUUUUUCAAACUGGUAAUAAUGCAAGGUAGACGUUAACAUGUCAGCAUACGACACUUUUUAAAUCAUAAAAAACAUAGUUAUGCUUGUAUGGUCAUCGAUGAAAUUGAGUACUGUCUAAUUAAAUAUUAGGAAUCUAGACAGCAACCUGAAUGAUAGGCAAUUUGUUUUUUCGUCAGUCGCUUAAUAUAUUUCUUCAAAGAUGGAAGUUUUAAACAACGUUAAAUGUUAGGUCUGUUUUUCUGCAGAUAAAUUUAUAUCGCCGAAAAAAUGAAAGUUAAUAAAAUGGAUAUACGACUCGGACAAUAUACACCUUCUGGGGCAAAAUGCCUGAACUUAUAAUGUCAUAUGACCACCAAUGUUGUGUUAUAUAAAUUUUAUUAAUUAUAAUGUUUCCAUAGUUAAGUAAUAUCAUUUAUGACGUUGUCAAGCAAUAACAAAAAGUAACAGUUGACAAUACAACUGUUGAACAUUUUGUAUAUAUCUGACAGUAUUUUGGAGACAUUGAAAUUAUAAAAGACAUGUUAUACUUAGUAUACUAUAUACUAUCAUAGUAUUGUUGAUAGCUAAUAAUAUUGCUUAUACCGAUUUUAUGGUGAUGUUUUAAUGAAAAUUCAUAAAUUGAAAUGUUUUCAGCAUCUAGACACCCAAUGAAUUGCUUUGAUUUUAUUUAAACCGUGGAUAUAACGGCAAUACAUUGAUGAGUACUUGCCUUCUUGUUUAUGAUGAUAAAUUCCUCUCGCAAAAUAUAAGGUGGAAUAUAGCGUCCUUACAUAACUAAAUUUUCAGUGCUUUGAUUUUAUGGAAAUUUUGCAGAUUCGUGUUAUCUUUAAAACUGUUUUUGACUUGCUAGGAAUGUUCAAGCGUGUGACGUCUUUUUCUUUUAAAAUUUUACUAAUCAUUUGAUAGAAAAGGUAAGCAAAUACAUGUCGUGUUUUUUAUAUUUAAUUAUGUUUUCUUUGUUUGUUCUCAGUUUUAGUAUGAUGAUGCUUUUUAUUUUGAAACUCUAUGAUCACACAGUUUUAAAUUUUUUAUUUAUUAAGGCAGACUGUGCGUGAUGUUCAUAGUUUCAAACAAUAACUGCAUCGUAUCUUUGAAAAGUUUUUGCAUAAGUAACUCUGAAUUGUAUUCCUUUGUUUGCAGAUAGAGUUGGGAUCCCUAAUCAUUGACGUAAUUGGGGUUCAACUAUAAGUUUAUCAUAAUUUGCUUUAUUAUUAAGUUUCCUCAAGUUAAUGCAUACUUUGAUAAGAAUUACAUUUAGGUUUGUACUUUAUUCAGGAUUGUUGGAAUAAGGGUGAGGUUGUGUACGCAAACUGGUUUAUCUCACCAGUAAAGUUACAUUUUACUGACCGUUGAAAGGCGGUACCUAACAUUCCUUGAUAAACACACCUACUUUUGUUAUAUAGUAUAUAUGCACUGUGUUCUUUGUGAAUUUUGUUUGCUGUUGUUCCAUUUUUCAUGAUGAGAAUUAAAUAUUGACCAUUCAAUUGUAUAAAAUAUUGUUUAUAUCAAACUCAUCGGGUGGUAGACAUUAUAAUUAUAGUAGACAUGUACUUUUUCGUAUAUCAUAUAUUAUCAAUAUUGUCAUACAACUGUUGAAACUCUUGUAUAUCUGACAGUAAUUAUUAUACAUCGGGUGGUAGACAUUACAAUUAAUAACAUAUCUGUCCUACUUUGUAUAUCUUAUAUUGUCAUUGUUUAAUAUUUAAGUAAUACUACUAAUGAAGUUGCGAAACAAUAACAGUACGUAAUAUUUAACCAUACAAAUAUAUUUUACAUUGUUUAUAUCACUUUGUCUUCUUACAUACAUCGGGUGGUAUAAAUUGAAAUUAUAGUUGAUAUGUAAUACUUUGUAUAUCAUAUACUAUCUUGGUUUCAUGUUAAAUUAAUAUCAUUGAUGGAGUUAUCAAACAAUUUUAGAAAGCAAUGCUUGACCAUAUAACUGUUCAAAGGAUUGUAUAAUUCUGAAAUGAUGUUUAAAUAGAUCGGGUGGUAAAUAUUAAUUGUACUAGACUUAUCCUACUUUGUAUAUCAAAUUUCUAUCAUUGUUUCAAAACAAUAACAGAAGGUAAUAUUUGAACAGACAAAUAUUGAAAAGAUAGUAUACAUGUAUUUCUGACAUCUGAGUAUUUCCGAACUGAAUUCAACCUACUUAAUGUACAUGCAAACACCAUAUGUACUGUAACAGUACAUUCUAAUUAAACAACAAUUUUAUUCAAAGUAUACAUGAGUGUUUAUGUUGUUAUACAUGUUAAUGCAUUUAAUUGUUUAGUAUUUUAAAAAUAAAUUAAACUGCUGAAAGGUUGAUCAUUAAAA